AGACAGCUGUGGAUUAAUGGUGCAAACCUACACCAACUGUAAGACCUGCUCCGAGGAGAAGGUUGUCUGCGCCGGGGGCCCUCCAAAAAAUCAAGACUACUUGGAGAGAUGCAGCUGCCUGUGCACCUCCAACAGAUGUUUUGAUCUGAAAACUGGACGGUCCUGCUCUCCAUGUAAAGAUCACAAGUCUCACCUGGCAGAGACUGUAAACUGUGGAGAGAUAAAUAUAAAAAUCCCAGAAUAUGAAGAACUAAUUCUGGACUGUACUUUUGAAUGGUACGCGAGGCUGGAGGAGACCUAUAACAACGUGUUCACCCUGCAUCGUGAACACAAUCCCAAAAUCACCCGGGAGCCCUAUCUAGUGAUCAAGGGCGUACAGAUGGGGGACUCCGGACGGUACACGUGUACCACCAUCCUGGACUCUGAGGUGCCAGUGAGUAAGAUCACCUAUAACGUGGCAGUUAUCAGCGGAUCGGAACAGGCGACAAAAACAUACCAUCCUCGCCCUACACUUCCUGAUGUGCUUGACAUCACAGCGCCUGAGCCGCCACUUCUAGAGGAGCUACGGAACAACAAUGCUUCCCUCAUAGCAAUAUCUGUGGCCGGCUCCGUCACCAUCAUGCUGAUCGCUGGCAUAUGCAUCUGCAUGUUCUGGAGGAAAAUGAAAUCUAGAGAGCCUCUGGAAAAAGAGCCAGUGUGAAGGCGAACCGUCGAGCACCAUCCUGUACUGCCGC